AUGUCGAAGGUUUCUUUUAAGAUCACGCUGACGUCAGACCCACGGCUGCCUUACAAAGUACUUAGUGUUCCUGAAAGUACACCUUUCACAGCAGUCUUAAAGUUUGCAGCAGAAGAAUUUAAAGUUCCUGCAGCAACAAGUGCAAUUUUUACCAAUGAUGGAAUAGGAAUAAAUCCUGCCCAGACUGCUGGAAAUGUUUUCCUAAAGCAUGGUUCAGAACUGUGGAUUAUUCCUAGAGAUCGUGUUGGAAGUUGUUAAUAUCUGCUACUUGGAACAUAG